AUGUUUAACGAAGAGGGUGUUUCAGAUUCAAAGUCCGAUCCUGUUACUUCAUCUCCUGAUCUCCUUUUCUUCCGAAGAAUGUUUUCAGGUGCAGUGAAACCGGAUUUGAAAGGAGUAUGCAUUUCUAAAGGAGGGAGGUUUCCGCCUUAUGAAUUAGAAGGAAAGCCUCCUAAAUCUGUUGGUAGAGGAUCCAAAGAUCUUACUCUGUGUAGGGUGUUCCGUAAAAGGACUUGUUGCUCUUCUCUUCAGACCAACCCGGCUUUCGUAGCUGUACGAAACUUGGCUACUUACGGUGAAGCUAGUCAAGAUUGCCUGCAUUUUUUCGAGUUAUUGGAGUGUUCAAUCUGUAACCCUAAUGUUGGAAUCCAACCGGGUCCUCCUCGCAUUUGUGCCUCGUUUUGUGACAGAGUCUUUGAAGCUUGCAAAGACGCGUACUUCGCCAGUAAUGCUAUUACACGGGUGAUUGGGCCUUGUGGGGUAAACGACGACAUCAUCUGCGUUAAGGCCUCAAAUUGGGAGACCAAUGGCACAGCUUUCUGCGAAGCAGCUGGAUUUUCUGUUCAAACAACUGCAGAUUCCAGAGAAGAACCAUGUUACGGAAGCAAAGCGAGUCUAGAAUCAGUAGUGGAAUCAUGGUCGAGAAACUCUCGAAAGAAGACACCUUUAAAGACUGAGACUUUAUCUUGUUUUAAAGAUCUUCUGCAAUGGGUUCGCGAAAUGACAACGAUUCAGAAGAUUUCUUUGGGAUUGUCGUUUCUUGUAGCAGGAAUGUUCUUAAUCAGGCAAUGGAGUUACAGGAAGCAGAAGCAGCGACUAGCUGCAAUUCAGAGGACCUCUAGAAGAUUGGGAGGGAAUGUGAACGGUGAUUCAUACAGUGCAGCUAUAAAUAGAAGAACAGUUCAAAGAUGA